AUGCUGCAACUCGUACUCAUCCUCCUUAUGCGCAUACUUGAAGCCCAGACUGCACUUGUCAACGUCACAGUCGACGAUACGGACCCGAUUGCAUGGACCUGGAUUGGCGCGUGGAGUGCCUACACGAAGGGCAAUACUAGCUGCACUGAUGGCUGUUGGGCGCACCCCGACCCCACCCGAGUUCACAAUAGCUCGUGGCACGACGGACGGUUUCGUUCGGGCUCAUUUACCGCACAGGGUAUCAUAUUUUUCUGGGUCGCGGUAUAUAUAUAUGGCAUCGAUCUAUCUGCCUCCGGAGGAGCGCCGGCCAACAUCAGCUUUUCGCUCAAAAAUUCACCCGUUUCGGGAUUCCACUUCAAGUUGACUCCGGACGGGUCCUACAUCUACGACUCGCUUUUCUUCUCUGCCGACGGACUGGAUGCCUCCUCGCCAUUUACCGUUGACUGGGCCCAGGACGCUAGUGAUUUUGGGGGCGGAGUUGCGUUAUUUGACUACGCUGUGGUCACGGUCGAGCAGAAGGACACAUUGCCGGUUGGAGGAAGCCCUGCAACUGUGAGCACGACCUCCGAUCUGAGCAUCACACACAUCACGACAGAUGGGAAGAGCUCAGUUUCGUUGUCAAGCACAAGUGCCGCGUUGACUCUUGGGACAAGUGCAGUCAACUCGGACAGUCAGGGUUUCCGACCAAGCUCUACUAGUACCUCGACCUCGACUCUUUUGAGUAGUUCGAGCUCCCUAGCAGCUCAAAUUCGCCCACCUAGCACCAGGCUUAUCGCUGGCGGUGUCAUUGGCGGUCUCGCGCUCCUAGUGAUUUUGAUGGCCGUGUUCCUGUGCUACUGGAAGCACCGGAAUCGCUCUGGGCCCACCUCACGCGAGCUGGUACCGUUCCAAUUGCGGCCCCAAUCCGAGUCACUGGUCCUUACCAAGUCCUCGAUGUCUUUGAGCAAUGGCAUUCCGGCUGGGACAUCGCAAGGCCAGGAAGCGCAGAUCGGGCAAGUCGGGAGGCGGUCUUUGUCAGCGUCAUCCACGCCUGUUGGGAAUAGUUUGAUGCGCAACGAUUCCGCGUCGGCCAUGCCUUAUUUCCCUGCCGUUUCUGAGUCGACAAGCGACACGGGGUUGGAGCGGAGGCUGCGGAUUUUGGAGGAGAUGCAGAGGGUGCAUGGCCAGGCGCCGCCGGCUUAUACUGUGCUGUAUUGA